AGCAAUACAAAAACACAACCAGUUCUAUACGACACUCCUCCGGCGAGCACAGGUCAAUCCCACUUCCAAAGUGUCUCCCGUGCGACACCAGUUCAAAGGCCCAGACCUGAAACCGCUAUUCCAUUUGUUCCUGACGAGUAUAAAGAGCGUUUACGCAAGUCAAAAUUAGCCAGAUCUCGCACCUUAAGUGAAUCGUUUGAUGAGCCAGAUUUAUAUUCCAUAGAAGAGCAUCGCGACGAACUGAGCAGUGUUCCAUCAACAACUCAUCAAUACUCAACGUUACAUCCAAAAUCACAAAACUAUCAAAGUUUAACUUAUCACUCGAAUACUGAUAAACACAGUAACACUUCUACAACUGGUUAUUUUGACUCAACGGGAAACGACGCGUCAAAUAUUCUGAGUGAAGUUGAAUCAUUAUUAUCACUUCAUUUGCCAUCCUCAACAUCGUACUCGUCAUCGUUGCCGAAUUCAUUAAAAUAUCAGCAAAAAGAUCACCCAACUGCAGCAGCGGUAACAACACCAGCACGUACGUCAUCAUCUCAAUUUGCAUCGCAAUCCUCAUCCUCGAGUACAUAUCAUCCUCAGCUCUAUCCAAUACCCUCACAACACCAGCAAUCAGCUCAACGUCUUCAGCAUCUUUACAGCCCUACCACCAUUAACUGCACUACUCCUCAUUCGUUUUCUUCUUCUUCGUCAAAUAACGUCAGCACUAAUCAGCGAUUAUUGCCGACGUAUUCGUGCACAAUACCCAAUUCUUCACAUUACAAUUCCUCCACUCUUCCAUUCAAUAAACCGCAGGUCUAUUGCACCGAGCAGCGGGAAGUGGAACGCUUCACGUAUCGUCCAGGCGCUGUCACUCCCAACACUACGAUCACGUCGUCACCGUCAACGCAAUCCACCUCAACCAAAAUAACACCAGCAAAAAUUCAACGGUAUCCAAUAGUUGAACUAAGUAUCCCGAAAUCGGACAGUUCAGUUAAUCAGUCUAAAUCAGUCGAUCAUCACGAUUACCAUCGAUUGAUCGGUGAUUAUUCGGACACGACCCAAACCGAUUCGAACAACCGAUCCAGCUAUUCGAGGUAUUCGUCGAAUCAACCGACCGUUCCCGAGUCACCUCUGAACGUCUACUCUCACCACCACCACCACCAUCAUCACUCCCACCAACCCCCCGAAUCAGAGCAGUCUUUUUCGCAAGCCAAUCAAGAACCUAUCAAGACGUCGUCCUCAUCGCAAUCGCAUUCAUCUCGUUCCAAUCAAACUUCAUCCAGUAAUCACAGCAACCGUGUCACUAUCGACUUGCUAUCACCGUCAUCAUUAGAUCGCUCGUUCUACGAACAAGCUGGUUUGAGCGGUGUUCGCGGUGGUAUUGGAUGUGAAUCACGCAUUAAAACGAGCACAAAACCACUUGAUAUCUCGAGUUUGGACGCUUUACUGGAGAGUACAUUCAGUGAUUUGUACGACGACGAUAUGUCGAAGUCGACAAAGGAAUGGCACUCGUCAUUCUCAACGAUGCGUGACCGAUUCGGCAAUCACGAUCUGCUCGAUGAAUUCGUUAAUCGUUUCGAUGACUUCACUACGAAUGGUUCGUUGACACUACCAAGACGUGGCGGUGGCCUCUCGAAGUCAGCCAGUCAAGGAAGUAUGACGCUGGGAAGACGAUCUGCUCAGUCUUCUUCAUAUUCAAGAAAUAAUUCAUUGCUCGCUGAUGCGGUUGAUGCAGUCGAACGAACCGUUUCUGAUGCGUCAGAAUCGAGUCGAAAGAACUCCCGGCAAGAACUGAACGAUUUUUGGGCUGAAACUGUUCGCAAUAGUUCGAAUUCUGGAUCAAUACAACGACCUUCAGGCCAAUUGAAUGCAGCGCAAAGACUAGAGAUGUUACAUGAAUCGUUGGACAUGCAACGCGGUAUGGAGAUGAGAUAUUCGCGUGGUGAACGAAUUGCUGAACGUCGUGCACAGUUCCUCAAGGAGACAAUCCAAUCCAGUAAUUCUGCGUCAUCGCCAUCAGCAUUAACUGAUCGAUUCUUCACUCAACGAUCCGUGCCUAGUUCAAAUGGAUAUAUGGGGAUGUUGUCAUUCAGUAAUUUAUCUUAUAUUAAUCAGCAGAAUGAGGCAUCGUUCCAAAUCGAUGUAAGCGAGAAUGAAACAACAACAACGAUACAUAAGAAGAACAAAGAGGCGAAUGAAUCGGCCAAACAACCGAAUUUCUCAGCUCUCGAUAAUGCAGUUGCUGAACUUAGCACGACGACCACCAGUCACCAACAGUACACCGUGAUUCGUAGCGGUGGAUGUGCACGCUUUCCAACUGAUGACCUUAAUUCACUGAGUCCAACCAGUCGUAAAGAUUCGUCGAACAAUUCAACGCAGUUGCACAGUCCCAGUCCAGAUGCUGGAAGUGAUACCGGAUCAGCGUAUAAUGCUCCAUCGGGACUACCACAUCCAAAACCGAAACAUAACAUUCGUGAACAACUCAUACAAGCUGGUUUUGAAUUGCGUGGCUGUUAG